GCCGCUUGGUGCGCUGCACGCGGGGGGCAGCCGCGGUGCAGAGGUUCAUGCGGCGGCGGCGGCGGCGGCGGCUGCUGCUGCUGCUGCCGCCGAGAAGGCAGAUAGACCGGGCGCUGCUGCCGCCGCCCUCCCCCGGCUCCAUGCCGCCGCCGCUGCCGGUGCCGCCUCCUCCUCUCUGGCGAGGGGCGGGGGUCUCCGGCCCGGGGUGGGCACCACUCCUCGCAGCGCUGCUCCUCUCCCUGCCCUCCGCCCGGGCGCUGGAACCGGCGAGGGUAGCCGUCGCCUCCUAGGAACGCACUCACCGUGCGCCCUGCCGGAGCGAGGGGCGGGCGUGGGCGGGCGUCGGGGUAGCGGGGACCCCGUGCGGCGGCGAGAGGAGGGGGCUUCCCUAAGGAUGCCCAGCAGCGACUCUCCGCUCCUAGGCGCGAGCUGAGCCGGACCGAGAGCGAGCGUCGCGUAGCCAUGCCGGCGUGACGGGCGCCUCCGGCUGCCCGCGCGGGCCCCCGCGCUGCCCCACGCCGCGCCGCGCCGGCGCCGGGCGGCAGAAUGGGCUGUAUCCAAAGCAUCACCUGCAAGGCGCGGAUCCGGCGCGAGAACAUCGUGGUGUACGAUGUGUGCGCCACCAUCGACCAGUGCCCCACGCGCAUCGAGGAGACCUCGCCCAUCGUCCUGCGCUACAAGACCCCCUACUUCAAAGCCUCAGCCCGCGUGGUCAUGCCCCCCAUUCCCCGCCACGAGACCUGGGUGGUGGGCUGGAUCCAGGCGUGCAACCAGAUGGAGUUCUUCAACACCUACAGCGACCUGGGCAUGUCAAGCUGGGAACUGCCUGACUUGAGGGAAGGGAGAGUAAAAGCCAUCAGUGACUCAGAUGGGGUGAGCUACCCUUGGUAUGGGAACACCACAGAAACUGUCACCCUGGUUGGCCCCACCAACAAGAUCUCCAGGUUCUCCGUCAGCAUGAAUGACAACUUCUACCCCAGUGUGACGUGGGCGGUGCCUGUGAGUGACAGCAAUGUGCCACUGCUCACGAGAAUCAAGAGGGACCAAAGUUUCACUACCUGGCUGGUGGCCAUGAACAUCACCACCAAGGAGAAGAUCAUUCUGCAGACCAUCAAGUGGAGGAUGAGGGUGGACAUUGAGGUGGACCCUCUUCAGCUCUUGGGCCAGCGGGCCCGGCUGGUGGGCAGGACUCAGCAGGAGCAGCCCCGGAUCUUGAGCCGGAUGGAACCCAUCCCCCCUAAUGCACUGGUGAAACCCAAUGCCAACGAUGCCCAGGUCCUCAUGUGGAGGCCCAAGCGGGGACCACCUCUGGUUGUGAUCCCUCCAAAGUAGAAGCAGCCUGGCCUGACUGUGUGGAGCACAUGCCCCUGAGAUACACAGUGCGGGUGUUGGGCUGCCAGGAGCCAAACUGAAUUUCUGAGCCAAAGCAGACCUCUUGGUUUGCCAGCCUUUGCAGCCACUCAUGAAGAGAAGGGCUGCUCCUUGGGUGGUAGAACCACAAUCCUUAGGAAGUUUUUUUCUCUAAGGAAUAAAGAAAUCACUGAUUUGA